UUUCUUUGUUCUGAUGAUGUCAUCAUUGUGCAGGUGUAUGAAGGAGGUUUGUUCUGAUGAUGUCAUCAUUGUGCAGGUGUAUGGAGGUUUGUUGAUGAUGAUGAUGGUGGUGAUGAUGAUGGUGGUGGUGAGGAUGAUGAUGGUGGUGGUGAGGAUGAUUGUGAUGAUGGUGGUGGUGAUGGUGGUGGUGAGGAUGAUGGUGGUGGUGAGGAUGAUGGUGGUGGUGAGGAUGAUGGUGGUGGUGAGGAUGAUGAUGAUGGUGGUGGUGAGGAUGAUUGUGAUGAUGGUGGUGGUGAUGGUGGUGGUGAGGAUGAUGGUGGUGGUGAGGAUGAUGGUGGUGGUGAGGAUGAUGGUGGUGGUGAGGAUGAUGGUGAUGAUGGUGGUGAUGAUGAUAAUGUCGAUGAUGAUGGUGAUGAUGGUGGUGAUGUCAUUCUACAGGUGGAUGAAGGCGGUUCUAAGCGGUUCUUCCAGAACAUGUGGACGUCAUUCCUGAAGGCUCGGCUGGUGUGUGGGAUUCCCAACGAGUCGCUCUACUUCAACCGUCUCCAAGACAUCUUCGUGCUCCACGCGGAGGAAUGGAGGGACUCACAAGUGUAUGCUCUGUUCACUAGCAGCUGGUGAGAGGAUUCUGCUGUCUCUCUUAUCUCCCAGCAGCUACUGUCCAUAUGCAUUCUCCCAAUGCUCCUAGUUCUAAACUACAAAGUCACUGGAGUGGUAUUCUGACUUGAGAUCUGCGCGCUUACCUCAGUCUCCCACUGACGUCAAUAAAUGAUUCAUUCGAAAGUCUGAGCUGUGUGCUCUUUUAACAGAACACGAAGAUAACCGUGUUCUGUUAAACAAAGGUUCUUCCUGAUGUGACCGGUGUAGAUUUCCUCUGCAUUGUGUUUUGAUCAGAUGACCAGAGGAUCUGGGUUGGUCUAAUUAGGUUUUAUUUUCUAAUAAUGUCAGGAAACACUUCCACAAACAAAUGCUGUGCUGCCUUUAUACGCCAACUCUUCAAAGUAAAAAUGAACAAUGAAAGGGGACAUGAAUAGCCAUGCUAGCUAGCUCCAUGAUGACGUGUACAGAGAAAAGUACAGUAACUAGCUAGCAGUCAACAGAUAAAAGUGAAUAAAUGACUGAAAUACAUACAUAUCCCAAUAUCAUGGUGGGAGACCUUUAUCAAACACUGUCAGUGACCCUAUUCACUCAUUAUAAGUAUUUUAACAUAUAGGAUUGAUUAUGAUUUUCAUAAUCUACCUCUUCCACAUGGAUACAGUAGACAUGGAAUAGGUAAGGGGGGACAGGAGAUGUUUAUGAGGGGGAAUGCAGAAGGAGAGGUAAGGGGGGACAGGAGAUGUUUAUGAGGGGGAAUGCAGAAGGAGAGGUAAGGAGGGACAGGAGAUGUUUAUGAGGGGGAAUGCAGAAGGAGAGGUAAGGGGGAUGGGAGAUGUUUAUGAGGAGGAAUGCAGAAGGAGAGGUAAGGGGGAUGGGAGAUGUUUAUGAGGGGGAAUGCAGAAGGAGAGGUAAGGAGGACAGGAGAUGUUUAUGAGGGGGAAUGCAGAAGGAGAGGUAAGGAGGAUGGGAGAUGUUUAUGAGGGGGAAUGCAGAAGGAGAGGUAAGGAGGAUGGGAGAUGUUUAUGAGGGGGAAUGCAGAAGGAGAGGGAAGGAGGAUGGGAGAUGUUUAUGAGGGGGAAUGCAGAAGGAGAGGGAAGGGGAGACAGGAGAUGUUUAUGAGGGGGAAUGCAGAAGGAGAGGUAAGGAGGAUGGGAGAUGUUUAUGAGGGGGAAUGCAGAAGGAGAGGGAAGGAGGACAGGAGAUGUUUAUGAGGGGGAAUGCAGAAGGAGAAGGAAGGAGGAUGGGAGAUGUUUAUGAGGAGGAAUGCAGAAGGAGAAGGAAGGAGGACAGGAGAUGUUUAUGAGGGGGAAUGCAGAAGGAGAGGUAAGGAGGGACAGGAGAUGUUUAUGAGGAGGAAUGCAGAAGGAGAGGUAAGGAGGAUGGGAGAUGUUUAUGAGGGGGAAUACAGAAGGAGAAGGAAGGGGGACAGGAUGUUUAUGAGGGGGAAUACAGAAGGAGAGGUAAGGGGGAAGGGAGAUGUUUAUGAGGGGGAAUGCAGAAGGAGAGGUAAGGAGGAUGGGAGAUGUUUAUGAGGGGGAAUGCAGAAGGAGAGGUAAGGAGGAUGGGAGAUGUUUAUGAGGGGGAAUGCAGAAGGAGAGGUAAGGAGGAUGGGAGAUGUUUAUGAGGGGGAAUGCAGAAGGAGAGGUAAGGGGGGACAGGAGAUGUUUAUGAGGGGGAAUGCAGAAGGAGAGGUAAGGAGGAUGGGAGAUGUUUAUGAGGGGGAAUGCAGAAGGAGAGGUAAGGAGGAUGGGAGAUGUUUAUGAGGGGGAAUGCAGAAGGAGAGGUAAGGAGGAUGGGAGAUGUUUAUGAGGGGGAGUGCAGAAGGAGAGGUAAGGAGGAUGGGAGAUGUUUAUGAGGGGGAAUGCAGAAGGAGAAGGAAGGAGGAUGGGAGAUGUUUAUGAGGGGGAAUGCAGAAGGAGAGGUAAGGAGGGACAGGAGAUGUUUAUGAGGGGGAAUGCAGAAGGAGAGGUAAGGGGGAUGGGAGAUGUUUAUGAGGGGGAAUGCAGAAGGAGAGGUAAGGGGGAUGGGAGGUGUUUAUGAGGAGGAAUGCAGAAGGAGAGGUAAGGGGGAUGGGAGAUGUUUAUGAAGGGGAAUGCAGAAGGAGAGGUAAGGAGGAUGGGAGAUGUUUAUGAGGGGGAAUGCAGAAGGAGAGGUAAGGAGGAUGGGAGAUGUUUAUGAGGGGGAAUGCAGAAGGAGAGGUAAGGAGGGACAGGAGAUGUUUAUGAGGGGGAAUGCAGAAGGAGAGGUAAGGGGGAUGGGAGAUGUUUAUGAGGGGGAAUGCAGAAGGAGAGGUAAGGGGAUGGGAGAUGUUUAUGAGGGGGAAUGCAGAAGGAGAGGUAAGGAGGACAGGGGAAUGCAGAUGGAGAGGUAAGGAGGACAGGGUAGUCUCAGGCCGUUUCUGUAGUCUCAGGCCGUUUCUGUAGUCUCAGGCCGUUUCUGUAGUCUCAGGCCGCUUCUGUAGUCUCAGGCCGUUUCUGUAGUCUCAGGCCGUUUCUGUAGUCUUUGGGAGUGUUCGGUAGCCACAAUGGAGUUUGUAUACAUUUCAGAAGGAAUUUGUAGAGAAAUGCUGUCUUCUUGAUCAACAUUUACAUAAGCCUCUGAAGAUGAACAAUCUAACCUGAGUCUAACCUGUUCUCUCCACCAAUAGGAAUGGCACAGCUGUCUGCGUCUACUCCAUGGCAGAGAUCGACAGGAUAUUCCAGAACUCUCCCUUCAAGGGAUACAAUGAAGACAUCCCCAACCCAAGACCUGGAACAGUAAGGAAUCCUGCCUGUUUUCCUCAUCUAUUCUGCAGCUACAUGUAAAUCUCUACUGUUCAUAUCGAGAGACUCACGUUAAGAAAAGGAGUCUGUUGCCUUCUUAUUCUGAGCUAGAGAAUCAGACAUAUUUCAGCCGGCCUCAUGUGGACCAUGAAUAACAAGUGACUGAAAAACAAAGGAAAGUUUGAGGCACAUAGGACCGGACUCAUUAUUCAUGUGCAUUAUAGGAACAUCAGUAUUCCCAGAGACAAAGGGAAACAUGGCCUGCUUCCCAAAUGGCAUCCUGUUCCCUAUGUUGUGCACUACUUUUGUCCAAAGCCCUGGUCUAAAGUAGUGCACUAGAUAGGGAAUAGGGUGCCAUUUGGCUAUGGGCUCUGGUCUAAAGUAGUGCACUACAUAGGGAAUAGGGUGCCAUUUGGCUAUGGGCUCUGGUCUAAAGUAGUGCACUAGAUAGGGAAUAGGGUGCCAUUUGGCUAUGGGCCCUGGUCUAAAGUAGUGCACUACAUAGGGAAUAGGGUGCCAUUUGGCUAUGGGCCCUGGUCUAAAGUAGUGCACUACAUAGGGAAUAGGGUGCCAUUUGGCUAUGGGCUCUGGUCUAAAGUAGUGCACUAGAUAGGGAAUAGGGUGCCAUUUGGCUAUGGGCCCUGGUCUAAAGUAGUGCACUAGAUAGGGAAUAGGGUGCCAUUUGGCUAUGGGCUCUGGUCUAAAGUAGUGCACUAGAUAGGGAAUAGGGUGCCAUUUGGCUAUGGGCCCUGGUCUAAAGUAGUGCACUACAUAGGGAAUAGGGUGCCAUUUGGGACACAUCCUAAAGAUGGGCCCUCCCUGGCCUGGCCUGUACAGCUGACUAAAGCAUGGAAACACGGGCCUUUACAGCUCAGAGUUCAGAUCACACGUCUUUCUAUAGCUGUGGCUGUGGCUGUUGCUGUGGCUGGGGCUGUGGCUGUGCAGUCAUGACACAUAACAUCCACUGCUGUGUGACUCAUAGUUGCCUGUCUGGGCUGUAUCUAUGACCACAGCAUUAAAGCAGCAGAUACAUUUAGCUAACAGAAAGCGUCCCUCGGUGUUGUAACAUCUACCACUACUGAGACCCUGCAGGUUUGACCCGUCCCUCGGUGUUGUAACAUCUACCACUACUGAGACCCUGCAGGUUUUUGGGUGUAGUCGGGUUUCUGUUAGUGUCACACCCUGGCUCUGGGGACUCUAUAUUUUGAGCCAGGGUGUGUAUAAUAAAAUAAGUAUGUUCGUUCAUCACGCUGCGCCUUGGUCUACUCCCUUUGACGAUCGUGACAGUUAGGUGGUUUAUUGUCUGAACAACUUCCUCAAUCUGUUUUUCCUCUGCCCUCCACCCUGACCCUACCUUCGUCAUUCUCUUCCUUUAUGAGACGUUCUAUUGUUUUGUCUACGUUGGUAUUGUGACUAAGACAUUUUUUUAUAGGCUAUAACAACUGUCUGAGAAGGACUUGUAUUGUUUUACCUCCUGACUAAGGCCACUGUGCUUCCAGACUCCCUUUACCACUGCUCCCGAGUGGCGCAGUGGUCUAAGGCACUGCAUCGCAGUGCUAGCUGUGCCACUAGCUGUGCCACUAGAGAUCCUGGUUCGAAUCCAGGCUCUGUCGUAGCCGGCCGUGACCGGGAGACCCAUGGGGCGGCGCACAGUUGGCCCAGCGUUGUCCAGGGUAGGGGAGGGAAUGGCCGGCAGGGAUGUAGCUCUGUUGUGGGUUCGUUUCCCACGGGGGGCCAGUAUGAAAAAUAAAAUAAAAAGAUAAUGUAAGUCGCUCUGGAUAAGAGCGUCUGCUAAAUGAUACCAGGCUGCACGUUGACUGGAAGGAAGGAAGUGACUGUUCUUCUUGUAUACCGCCAUAAGACAUAUUUAUAUACAGUUGAAGUCGGAAGUUUACAUACACCUUAGCCAAAUACAUUUAAUCAAGGUAAAAAUUCCCUGUCUUAGGUCAGUUAGGAUCACCACUUUAUUUUAAGAAUGUGAAAUGUCAGAAUAAUAGUAGAGAGAAUGAUUUAUUUCAGCUUUUAUUUAUUUCAUCACAUUCCCAGUGGGUCAGAAGUUUACAUACACUCAAUUAGUAUUUGGUAGCAUUGCCGUAAAAAAGUUUAACUUGGGUCAAACAUUUCGGGUAGCCUUCCACAAGCUUCCCACAAUAAGAUGGGUGAAUUUUGGCCCAUUCCUCCUGACAGAGCUGGUGUAACUGAGUCAGGUUUGUAGGCCUCCUUGCUCGCACACGCUUUUUCAGUUCUGCCCACACAUUUUCUAUAGGAUUGAGGUCAGGGCUUUAUGAUGGCCACUCCAAUACCUUGACUUUGUUGUCCUUAAGCCAUUUUGCCACAACUUUGGAAGUAUGCUUGGGGUCAUUGUCCAUUUGGAAGACCCAUGUCUUGAUAUGUUGCUUCAAUAUAUCCACAUAAUUUUCCUUCCUCAUGAUGCCAUCUAUUUUGUGAAGUGCACCAGUCCCUCCUGCAGCAAAGCACCCCCACAGCAUGAUGCUGCCACCCCGUGCUUGGGAUGGUGUUCUUCGGCUUGCAAGCAUCCCCCUUUUUCCUCACAAUAAAGACCUGUUCUCCUGUUUUAUCUCCUCAGUGUGUCCCUAACAGUAAAUACAUGUUCUCCUGUCUUAUCUCCUCAGUGUGUCCCUAACAGUAAAGACCUGUUCUCCUGUCUUAUCUCCUCAGUGUGUCUCUAACAGUAAAGACCUGUUCUCCUGUCUUAUCUCCUCAGUGUGUCUCUAACAGUAAAGACCUGUUCUCCUGUCUUAUCUCCUCAGUGUGUCCCUAACAGUAAAGACCUGUUCUCCUGUCUUAUCUCCUCAGUGUGUCCCUAACAGUAAAGACCUGUUCUCCUGUCUUAUCUCCUCAGUGUGUCUCUAACAGUAAAGACCUGUUCUCCUGUCUUAUCUCCUCAGUGUGUCCCUAACAGUAAAGACCUGUUCUCCUGUCUUAUCUCCUCAGUGUGUCCCUAACAGUAAAUACAUGUUCUCCUGUCUUAUCUCCUCAGUGUGUCCCUAACAGUAAAGACCUGUUCUCCUGUCUUAUCUCCUCAGUGUGUCCCUAACAGUAAAGACCUGUUCUCCUGUCUUAUCUCCUCAGUGUGUCUCUAACAGUAAAGACCUGUUCUCCUGUCUUAUCUCCUCAGUGUGUCCCUAACAGUAAAGACCUGUUCUCCUGUCUUAUCUCCUCCGUGUGUCCCUAACAGUAAAGACCUGUUCUCCUGUCUUAUCUCCUCAGUGUGUCCCUAACAGUAAAGACCUGUUCUCCUGUCUUAUCUCCUCAGUGUGUCCCUAACAGUAAAGACCUGUUCUCCUGUCUUAUCUCCUCAGUGUGUCUCUAACAGUAAAGACCUGUUCUCCUGUCUUAUCUCCUCAGUGUGUCCCUAACAGUAAAGACCUGUUCUCCUGUCUUAUCUCCUCAGUGUGUCUCUAACAGUAAAGACCUGUUCUCCUGUCUUAUCUCCUCAGUGUGUCUCUAACAGUAAAGACCUGUUCUCCUGUCUUAUCUCCUCAGUGUGUCCCUAACAGUAAAUACCUGUUCUCCUGUCUUAUCUCCUCAGUGUGUCCCUAACAGUAAAUACCUGUUCUCCUGUCUUAUCUCCUCAGUGUGUCCCUAACAGUAAAGACCUGUUCUCCUGUCUUAUCUCCUCAGUGUGUCUCUAACAGUAAAGACCUGUUCUCCUGUCUUAUCUCCUCAGUGUGUCCCUAACAGUAAAGACCUGUUCUCCUGUCUUAUCUCCUCAGUGUGUCCCUAACAGUAAAGACCUGUUCUCCUGUCUUAUCUCCUCAGUGUGUCCCUAACAGUAAAGACCUGUUCUCCUGUCUUAUCUCCUCAGUGUGUCCCUAACAGUAAUGACCUGUUCUCCUGUCUUAUCUCCUCAGUGUGUCCCUAACAGUAAAGACCUGUUCUCCUGUCUUAUCUCCUCAGUGUGUCCCUAACAGUAAAGACCUGUUCUCCUGUCUUAUCUCCUCAGUGUGUCCCUAACAGUAAAGACCUGUUCUCCUGUCUUAUCUCCUCAGUGUGUUCCUAACAGUAAAGACCUGCCGUUGGCUACGGUGAACGUGAUAAAGGAUCACCCAGAGAUGACAGACUGGAUCCAUCCCAUCCAGCCCUACACCCCAUUCUACAUAUCUAACUACUACUACACCAAGAUAGCUGUGGACAGAGUACAGGCGGCAGACCACACCAUGCACAACGUCCUGCUGCUAGCAACUGGUAUGUGAUGUCUGGGCUCCAAGUCUGGAAAUAGACUCUCAAGUUGUUGGUUCUCUUGAUGCUAUUGGUUCUCUUGAUGCUGUUGGUUCUCUUGAUGCUGUUGGUUCUCUUGAUGCUGUUGGUUCUCUUGAUGCUGUUGGUUUCUUGAUGCUGUUGGUUCUCUUGAUGCUGUUGGUUCUCUUGAUGCUGUUGGUUCUCUUGAUGCUGUUGGUUCUCUUGAUGCUGUUGGUUCUCUUGAUGCUGUUGGUUCUCUUGAUGCUGUUGGUUCUCUUGAUGCUGUUGGUUCUCUUGAUGCUGUUGGUUCUCUUGAUGCUGUUGGUUCUCUUGAUGCUGUUGGUUCUCUUGAUGCUGGUUGGUUCUCUUGAUGCUGUUGGUUCUUGAUGUGUUGGUCUCUGAUGCUGUUGGUUCUCUUGAUGCUGUUGGUUCUCUUGGUGCUGUUGGUUCUCUUGGAUGCUGUUGGUUCUCUUGAUGCUGUUGGUUCUCUUGAUGCUGUUGGUUCUCUUGGUGCUGUUGGUUCUCUUGAUGCUGUUGGUUCUCUUGAUGCUGUUGGUUCUCUUGAUGCUGUUGGUUCUCUUGAUGCUGUUGGUUCUCUUGAUGCUGUUGGUUCUCUUGGUGCUGUUGGUUCUCUUGAUGCUGUUGGUUCUCUUGAUGCUGUUGGUUCUCUUGAUGGCUGUUGGUUCUCUUGAUGCUGUUGGUUCUCUUGAUGCUGUUGUUCUCUUGAUGCUGUUGGUUCUCUUGAUGCUGUUGGUUCUCUUGUGCUGUUGGUUCUCUUGAUGCUGUUGGUUCUCUUGAUGCUGUUGGUUCUCUUGAUGCUGUUGGUUCUCUUGAUGCUGUUGGUUCUCUUGAUGCUGUUGGUUCUCUUGAUGCUGUUGGUUCUCUGAUGCUGUUGUUCUCUUGAUGCUGUUGGUUCUCUUGAUGCUGUUGGUUCUCUUGAUGCUGUUGGUUCUCUUGGUGCUGUUGGUUCUCUUGAUGCUGUUGGUUCUCUUGAUGCUGUUGGUUCUCUUGAUGCUGUUGGUUCUCUUGAUGCUGUUGGUUCUCUUGAUGCUGUUGGUUCUCUUGAUGCUGUUGGUUCUCUUGAUGCUGUUGGUUCUCUUGAUGCUGUUGGUUCUCUUGGUGCUGUUGGUUCUCUUGAUGCUGUUGGUUCUCUUGAUGCUGUUGGUUCUCUUGAUGCUGUUGGUUCUCUUGAUGCUGUUGGUUCUCUUGGUGCUGUUGGUUCUCUUGAUGCUGUUGGUUCUCUUGAUGCUGUUGGUUCUAUUGAUGUUGUUGGUGAACUACAGAUGUCGGAUCUUAAUUUGAGCCAGUUUCACACAACAGGAAAAUAAUCCUGCAGCAACAGGAAAUGUGGAUUAUAAUUAAUGGACAUUUGUGGUAGAGGUUGAUACAUUUUUUGUUAAGUUUUUCCUGAAGUUUUAAAGUGGAAAUUACAAACUUUAGAAGCCUGUUUAAACCUUGAAUCCACAACAAGUUUGCAUUUCCUGCUGUUCUGGAACAUUCCUCUAACAACAGGACGAUGAAAUGAAGAUUACAACGUGACCAUUGUUUAUCAUAUGGUUGAUAACAGCAUUAUGAUAACUUUAUCACAUUCACAUGUUAUUCAGAGUGUCAAAUACAACAAUAAUCUUGUAUUUACAUCAUCAGUAAUACCAGGGCAGUAAUGUAAAAUAAACUAUACACACAUAGCUAAAAAAAUUAAAUAAAAAUAAAAAGGAAAUAGGAUGAACCAUGCCUAGAAUACAGUAUAUACAUAGGAAGUGGGUAAAACAGUGUGUAAACAUUAUUAAAAUGUUCAAUGACUGUGUACAUAGGGCAGCAGUCUCUAAGGUGCAGGGUAGAGUACCGGGUGGUAGCCGGCUAUUUACAGUGACUAAGUUCAGGGCAGGGUACUGGGCGGAGAAGCUGUUUCUCCGUCUCAUCCAGAUGGCACAAGCCAAAGCUCUUAGAGGGCUACUUACUUACUGCCAGGCCUCUGCAAACAGGCCUACUUCAGCUUGUAACUGACUGUGUUAACUUUCUGUAUCCUUCUUCCCUCCCAGACACCGGAAUGAUCCAUAAGAUCUUAAAGGAUGGUUUUAAACCAUUCAUCAUCUCAGAGACUCAUCUCUCCAACCACUCUGAUGUCAUCAGAUCAAUGAAACUGGACUCUAGAAAGGUACUGGCAGGGGUGGCAGGAAGCCUAGUGGUUAAGAGUGUUGGGCCAGUAAUGAAAGGUUGCUGUUUCGAAUCCCAGAGAAGACUAAGUGAAAAAUCUUUCAAUGUGCCCUUGAGUAAGGCACUUAACCCUAAUUGCUCCUGUAAGUCGCUCUGGAUAAGAGCGUCUGCUAAAUUACAAAAAUGUACCGUGAUCAUGUUAUUAUGGACAUGACCAGAAGGGUGGUUGGUAUUCAGAAGGGUGGUAUUCAGUAUAGAUAUACAGUGAGUGUACAGGUUAUAUGAGAUAUGACCUAAGCCCUAUGUGAUCAGGUUGCAGUGCAUUCGGAAAGUAUUCAGACCCCUUUUUCUACAUUUUGUUACGUUACAGCCAGUGGUAUAAAGUACUACUUAGUACUUUAAAGUAUUUUUACUUAAGUACUUUACACCACUGGCUGUAACGUAACAAAAUGUGGAAAAAGUGAAGGGGUCUGAAUUUUUUUGGGGUAUCUGUACUUUACUUUACUAUUUCUAUUUUUGACAACUUUUACUUUUACUUCCGUACAUUCCUAAAGAAAAUAAUGUACUUUUUACUCCAUACAUUUUCCCUGGCACCCAACAGUACUUGUUACAUAUUGAAUGCUUAGCAGGACAGGAAAAUGGUCCAAUUCACACACUUAUCAAGAGAACAUCCCUGGUCAUCCCUACUGCCUCUGAUCUGGCAGACUCACUAAACACCAAUGCUUAGUUUGUAAAUGAUGUCUGAGUGUUGGAGUGUGCCCCUGGCUAUCUGUAAAUGAUGUCUGAGUGUUGGAGUGUGCCCCUGGCUAUCUGUAUAUGAUGUCUGAGUGUUGGAGUGUGCCCCUGGCUAUCUGUAUAUGAUGUCUGAGUGUUGGAGUGUGCCCCUGGCUAUCUGUAUAUGAUGUCUGAGGGUUGGAGUGUCCCCCCUGGCUAUCUGUAAAUGAUGUCUGAGUGUUGGAGUGUGCCCCUGGCUAUCUGUAAAUGAUGUCUGAGUGUUGGAGUGUGCCCCUGGCUAUCUGUAUAUGAUGUCUGAGUGUUGGAGUGUCCCCCCUGGCUAUCUGUAAAUGAUGUCUGAGUGUUGGAGUGUGCCCCUGGCUAUCUGUAUAUGAUGUCUGAGUGUUGGAGUGUGCCCCUGGCUAUCUGUAUAUGAUGUCUGAGUGUUGGAGUGUGCCCCUGGCUAUCUGUAUAUGAUGUCUGAGUGUUGGAGUGUGCCCCUGGCUAUCUGUAUAUGAUGUCUGAGUGUUGGAGUGUGCCCCCUGGCUAUCUGUAAAUGAUGUCUGAGUGUUGGAGUGUGCCCCUGGCUAUCUGUAUAUGAUGUCUGAGUGUUGGAGUGUGCCCCUGGCUAUCUGUAUAUGAUGUCUGAGUGUUGGAGUGUGCCCCUGGCUAUCUGUAUAUGAUGUCUGAGUGUUGGAGUGUGCCCCCUGGCUAUCUGUAUAUGAUGUCUGAGGGUUGGAGUGUGCCCCUGGCUAUCUGUAUAUGAUGUCUGAGUGUUGGAGUGUGCCCCUGGCUAUCUGUAUAUGAUGUCUGAGUGUUGGAGUGUGCCCCUGGCUAUCUGUAAAUGAUGUCUGAGUGUUGCAGUGUGCCCCCUGGCUAUCUGUAUAUGAUGUCUGAGUGUUGGAGUGUGCCCCUGGCUAUCUGUAUAUGAUGUCUGAGUGUUGGAGUGUGCCCCUGGCUAUCUGUAAAUGAUGUCUGAGUGUUGCAGUGUGCCCCCUGGCUAUCUGUAUAUGAUGUCUGAGUGUUGGAGUGUGCCCCUGGCUAUCUGUAUAUGAUGUCUGAGUGUUGGAGUGUGCCCCUGGCUAUCUGUAAAUGAUGUCUGAGUGUUGGAGUGUGCCCCUGGCUAUCUGUAUAUGAUGUCUGAGUGUUGGAGUGUCCCCCCUGGCUAUCUGUAAAUGAUGUCUGAGUGUUGGAGUGUGCCCCUGGCUAUCUGUAUAUGAUGUCUGAGUGUUGGAGUGUGCCCCCUGGCUAUCUGUAUAUGAUGUCUGAGGGUUGGAGUGUGCCCCUGGCUAUCUGUAUAUGAUGUCUGAGGGUUGGAGUGUCCCCCCUGGCUAUCUGUAUAUGAUGUCUGAGUGUUGGAGUGUGCCCCUGGCUAUCUGUAUAUGAUGUCUGAGUGUUGGAGUGUGCCCCUGGCUAUCUGUAAAUGAUGUCUGAGUGUUGGAGUGUGCCCCUGGCUAUCUGUAUAUGAUGUCUGAGUGUUGGAGUGUGCCCCUGGCUAUCUGUAAAUGAUGUCUGAGUGUUGGAGUGUGCCCCUGGCUAUCUGUAUAUGAUGUCUGAGUGUUGGAGUGUGCCCCUGGCUAUCUGUAUAUGAUGUCUGAGUGUUGGAGUGUGCCCCCUGGCUAUCUGUAUAUGAUGUCUGAGUGUUGGAGUGUCCCCCUGGCUAUCUGUAUAUGAUGUCUGAGUGUUGGAGUGUGCCCCUGGCUAUCUGUAUAUGAUGUCUGAGUGUUGGAGUGUGCCCCUGGCUAUCUGUAAAUGAUGUCUGAGUGUUGGAGUGUGCCCCUGGCUAUCUGUAUAUGAUGUCUGAGUGUUGGAGUGUGCCCCUGGCUAUCUGUAAAUGAUGUCUGAGUGUUGGAGUGUGCCCCUGGCUAUCUGUAUAUGAUGUCUGAGUGUUGGAGUGUGCCCCUGGCUAUCUGUAUAUGAUGUCUGAGUGUUGGAGUGUGCCCCUGGCUAUCUGUAAAUGAUGUCUGAGUGUUGGAGUGUCCCCCCUGGCUAUCUGUAUAUGAUGUCUGAGGGUUGGAGUGUGCCCCUGGCUAUCUGUAAAUGAUGUCUGAGUGUUGGAGUGUCCCCCCUGGCUAUCUGUAUAUGAUGUCUGAGUGUUGGAGUGUGACCCUGGCUAUCUGUAAAUGAUGUCUGAGUGUUGGAGUGUCCCCCCUGGCUAUCUGUAUAUGAUGUCUGAGUGUUGGAGUGUCCCCCCUGGCUAUCUGUAUAUGAUGUCUGAGUGUUGGAGUGUGCCCCCUGGCUAUCUGUAUAUGAUGUCUGAGUGUUGGAGUGUGCCCCUGGCUAUCUGUAAAUGAUGUCUGAGUGUUGGAGUGUCCCCCUGGCUAUCUGUAUAUGAUGUCUGAGUGUUGGAGUGUCCCCCCUGGCUAUCUGUAUAUGAUGUCUGAGUGUUGGAGUGUGCCCCUGGCUAUCCGUAUAUGAUGUCUGAGUGUUGGAGUGUGCCCCUGGCUAUCUGUAUAUGAUGUCUGAGUGUUGGAGUGUCCCCCCUGGCUAUCUGUAUAUGAUGUCUGAGUGUUGGAGUGUCCCCCCUGGCUAUCUGUAUAUGAUGUCUGAGUGUUGGAGUGUGCCCCCUGGCUAUCUGUAAAUGAUGUCUGAGGGUUGGAGUGUGCCCCUGGCUAUCUGUAUAUGAUGUCUGAGUGUUGGAGUGUCCCCCUGGCUAUCUGUAUAUGAUGUCUGAGUGUUGGAGUGUCCCCCCUGGCUAUCUGUAUAUGAUGUCUGAGUGUUGGAGUGUGCCCCUGGCUAUCUGUAUAUGAUGUCUGAGUGUUGGAGUGUGACCCUGGCUAUCUGUAUAUGAUGUCUGAGUGUUGGAGUGUCCCCCCUGGCUAUCUGUAUAUGAUGUCUGAGUGUUGGAGUGUCCCCCCUGGCUAUCUGUAUAUGAUGUCUGAGUGUUGGAGUGUCCCCCCUGGCUAUCUGUAUAUGAUGUCUGAGUGUUGGAGUGUCCCCCCUGGCUAUCUGUAUAUGAUGUCUGAGUGUUGGAGUGUCCCCCCUGGCUAUCUGUAUAUGAUGUCUGAGUGUUGGAGUGUCCCCCCUGGCUAUCUGUAUAUGAUGUCUGAGUGUUGGAGUGUGCCCCUGGCUAUCUGUAUAUGAUGUCUGAGUGUUGGAGUGUCCCCCCUGGCUAUCUGUAUAUGAUGUCUGAGUGUUGGAGUGUCCCCCCUGGCUAUCUGUAUAUGAUGUCCUGAGGGUUGGAGUGUCCCCCCUGGCUAUCUGUAUAUGAUGUCUGAGUUUUGGAGUGUCCCCCCUGGCUAUCUGUAUAUGAUGUCUGAGUGUUGAGUGUCCCCCCUGGCUAUCUGUAUAUGAUGUCUGAGUGUUGGAGUGUGCCCCUGGCUAUCCGUAUAUGAUGUCUGAGUGUUGGAGUGUGCCCUGCUAUCUGUAUAUGAUGUCUGAGGGUUGGAGUGUCCCCCCUGGCUAUCUGUAUAUGAUGGUCUGAGUGUUGGGAAGAUGUGCACCUGGCUAUCUGUAUAUGGAUGUUCUGAGUGUUGGAUGUGUCCCCCCUGGCGAUCAUCUAUAUGAUGUUUCUGAGUGUUGGAGUGUGGCCCCAUGGCUAUCUGUAGAUGAAUGGUCUGAGUGUUGGAGUGUCCCCCCCUGGCUAUCUGUAUAUGAUGUCUGAGGGUUGGAAUGUCCCCCCUGGCUAUCUGUAUAUGAUGUCUGAGUGUUGGAGUGUCCCCCCUGGCUAUCUGUAUAUGAUGUCUGAGUGUUGGAGUGUCCCCCCUGGCUAUCUGUAUAUGAUGUCUGAGUGUUGGAAUGUCCCCCCUGGCUAUCUGUAUAUGAUGUCUGAGUGUUGGAGUGUCCCCCCUGGCUAUCCGUACAUUAAAACAACCAGAAAAUCAUGCCGUCUGGUUUGCUUAAUAUGAGGAAUGUGAAAUGAUUUAUACUUUUACUUUUACUUUUGAUACUUAAGUAUAGUUUAGCAAUUACAUUUACUUUUGAUACUUAAGUAUAUUUAAAACCAAAUACUUUUAGACAUUUACUCAAGUAGUAUUUUACUGGGUGACUUUCACUUUUACUUGAGUAAUUUUCUAUUAAUGUAUCUUUACUUUUACUCAAGUAUGACAGUUGGGUACUUUUUCCACCACUGGUUACAGCCUUGUUCUAAAAUGGAUUUUUUUUAAAGGAUAACCAUCUCUUCAGCACUCCACUAAUCAGGCCUUUAUGGUAGAGUGGCCAGACGGAUGCCACUCCUCAGUAAAAGGCACAUGACAGCCCACUUGGAGUUUGUCAAAAGGCACCUAAAGGACUCUCAGACCAUGAGAAACAAGAUUCUCUGGUCUGAUGAAACCAAGAUUGAACUCUUUGGCCUGAAUGCCAAGUGUCACAUCUGGAGGAAACCAGGCACCUCUCAUAACCUGGCCAAUACCAUCCAUACGGUGAAGCAUGGUGGUGGCAGCAUCGUGCUGUGGGGAUGUUUUUCAGUGGCAUGGACUGGGAGACUAGUCAGGAUCGAUGGAAAGGUGAACAGAGCAAAGUACAGAGAGAUCCUUGAUGAAAACCUGCUCCAGAGCGCUCAGGACCUCAGACUGGGGCGAAGGUUCACCUUCCAACAGGACAACGACCCCAAGCACACAGCCAAGACAAUGCAGGAGUGGCUUUGGGACAAGUCUCUGAAUGUCCUUGAGUGGCCCAGCCAGAACCCGGACUUGAACCCGGGGCUUCCAGUGAGACGCGGAUUUCAUUGGCUUUGUCAGUCGUGAUUUUAGUUCCUUCAACUGAAGUUGCGAGAUUCCGAUUCCCCAUAGUAUGUUGAACUGAAGUUUACUGACUGAAAGGGAACCGCCAUUAGCCGUGUUGUUAUUCACAAAAUACUGUAUGCCUUAUUGCUUUUACAAACCACUAAUGAUUUUAACCCCUAAGGGCGAUGUCCGCGCCCACACUGCCAUCUAAUUAGCAUAAUCAAAUAAUCCCCUUAAAAAUCUGUCCGUUUAAGCUGGAGAUAUGUUGUUUUUUUGCAUCGUCUCAAUCCACCACAGCCGCCGAUGUCGCACUUCCUCAUCUGUGGUGAAAGGUGGCAGAGCUAGAGCGGUGUUGGUCAGACCAGGAGAAUGUGUCUUCUCACAAUAUCGUCUGUAGCGUCCGAACGUUUUAGCCUACAAACUAGUAUGACCCCUGGAAAGAUGACACUCUCACGAACACCAUGGUGUUCUCCAUUUUGCUCUACAACCUCCACAAGUGUCAGGAGACUCGUCUGAAGUCGGUAACGCCGAUCUGCCAACUUCUGUCUGUAGCGUCCGAACGGUUUGGAUUACACACUGAUAUGACCCCUCUGUGCAAAGCAUUUGUAUGAGCUAAUAUCAGUAAGCCCAAAAAAGACAGGGCUUAGACUCUGAUGGGUAUUAAAGAUAGAUAUUGUUCAAAUGUGAAAUAUAUGUGACGGGAUGUUUUAAUAUUAACUAGCGUCUUUCUGUCCACGCCCAGAGGAAGCUGGUGGUGGGUUUGUCAGAGCAGAUCUCCAUUCUGGACCUCCAGAGGUGCCAGGACUAUAACGUAUCCUGUGCUGAGUGUGUUCUGGCCAGAGACCCGUACUGCGCCUGGACAGAGGCUGGCUGCCGUCCCACUGUCCCGUAAGUUUCCUCUUUUUUCUCCUACUCAAAUGACCAAGCAUGGCUGUUCCGUGGCUGUUCCGUCGGCAUGGCUGUUCCGUCGGCAUGGCUGUUCCGUCGGCAUGGCUGUUCCGUCAGCACGGCUGUUCCGUCAGCACGGCUGUUCCGUCAGCACGGCUGUUCCGUCAGCACGGCUGUUCCGUCAGCAUGGCUGUUCCAUAAGUUAUAUCUUUCAAUCAACUUUAUUUAGAAGGCCUUUUCACAUCAGCAGUUUUCAUAAAGUGCUUUUACAGUAAUUGGCCUAGACCCCAAAGAGCCUUUUACAGUAACUGUCCUAGACCCCAAAGAGCCUUUUACAGUAACAUGUCUAGACCCCAAAGAGCCUUUUACAGUAACUGUCCUAGACCCCAAAGAGCCUUUUACAGUAACAUGUCUAGACCCCAAAUAGCCUUUUACAGUAACUGUCCUAGACCCCAAAGAGCCUUUUACAGUAACUGUCCUAGACCCCAAAGUGCCUUUUACAGUAACAUGUCUAGACCCCAAAGAACCUUUUACAGUAACAUGUCUAGACCCCAAAGAGCCUUUUACAGGAACAUGUCUAGACCCCAAAGAGCCUUUUACAGUAACCUGUCUAGACCCCAAAGAGCCUUUUACAGUAACCUGUCUAGACCCCAAAGAACCUUUUACAGUAACUGUAGCAGAGCUUCCCUCUUUUGGUUCGUAUUUAAAUACCUAGCAUUGCUGUCUACCAUAUCUAAACUGAUAUAACCUUAGUUAUAGUCUUUGUGAACUGAAUGUUGUGAUUAAAAUGUUGUUUUAGUUGUUGUUGUUGUUGUGUCUCUGUCCAUAGGGGAGGCAUUCAAAAUAUCAAUGGAGGACAAACUAAUGUGUGCCCUAAAACAGCAGAAGCUGAAAUAGCAGAAGGUAUACUGUACAUUGACAUCUCACACACUGAUAAUAAUACAAUCAAUCAAAUCAGUCAAUCUGAGUAGGCUGGAUUUUCAUUCCCCUACCUGGUUAAAUACAUUUUUCCUGCUCUUUCUCCAGAACCAAAGAUGCCUACCAGCAACAGGACCAGACGCGACACACAGCCUUCCCACCCCCCCUCCCCCUCCUCGUCCAGGAACGCCCUCGGUGUAUCGGUCCACUCUUUGCCCCUGGACGUCCCCUUCUACCUGUCCUGUCCCAUCGACUCUUACCACGCACACUACAGCUGGGAACACCUGGGCACGACACACCCCUGUCUGCGGCUGCAGGCCAGCUGUCUCCACCUCAUCCCCUCCAUGCAGACAGAGCACUAUGGGAAUUACCGGUGUGUCUCCAAGGAGAGGGACUAUACCAGGGUGGUCCGGGAGGUUCGUGCUACACAGCUGCUCAACAACCCCAACCCAGCCGUAAUCACCAGGCCUCUGAGACCUGCGAGGCCCAUGAACAGGGAGACUAAGACCAACGGAGGGACAGCGGUUAUGGCGGGACGGUUCGGGACCUUUGCAGCUUUGGCCAUUCUCGUGCGACUUCUGCAAUAA